GAGUUGGGGGAGGAGCGGGGAGUGUCCCGGGCAGGCGCUGGAGGUUGUGCGGACGGAGGAGUGGGACUCCGCAGGACGGCGGCAGCGGUGAAUAGGGCUUCGGGUGGGCCUGCGAGGAGGAAGUGAGAGCGCGCGACGAGGGCGCUGCCAGCAUGGACUGGGGCACGGAGCUCUGGGAUCAAUUUGACACAAUCGAGCGCCACACUCAGUGGGGCCUGGACCUGGUGGACAAAUACGUCAAGUUUGUGAAGGAGCGGAUAGAAAUUGAGCAGGCAUAUGCAAAGCAGCUGAGAAACCUUGUAAAAAAGAAUCUUCCCAAGAGGACUGCGCGAGAAGACCCAGAAUCAAAGUUCUGCCAAUACCAGGCCUUCCUUCAGGUGGUGAAAGAGCUGAAUGACUUUGCAGGGCAGCGGGAGAUAGUAGCUGAGAACCUUCUGACGCGGAUCUGUGUGGAGCUUGCCAAGUACUCACAGGAGCUGAAGCAGGAGAGAAAAUUGCACUUGCAAGAAGGCCGAAGGGCUCAGCAGCAGCUGGAAAACUCCUUUAAGCAACUUGAAAAUAGCAAGCGCAAGUUUGAACGUGACUGCAGGGAAGCUGAGAAAGCUUUACUGACAGCUGAGAAACUGGACCAGGAUAUCAAUGCUACAAAGGCAGAUGUGGAAAAGGCAAAGCAGCAGGCCAACCUGCGUAGUCACAUGGCUGAGGAGAGCAAGAAUGAAUAUGCAUCCUAUCUGCAGAAAUUCAACCAUAAUCAAAACCAGUUCUACUUUCUGGAGAUGCCACAAAUCUUCAAUAAGCUGCAAGAGAUGGAUGAGCGACGGACCCGGCGUCUCAAGGACAGCUACGGCAUCUUUUCAGAGACAGAGCAGCAGGUCAUGCCCAUCAUUGGCAAGUGCCUGGAAGGCAUGAAGGCUGCAGCAGACGUGGUGGAUGAGAAGAAAGACUCGCAGGUCCUUAUCGAACUACACAAAUCAGGCUUUGAGAGGCCAGCAGACAUGGACUUUGAAGACUUCAGUCAGCCCAUCAACAGGACCUCAUCAGAUAGCAGCCUGGGCACUCCCCGUGGCACCCUAGAUGGUAGACUGGACCCGCGCCUGCUAGGCAAGAACAAAGGGAAACGCUGGCCCUUCAGCAGGAAGAACAAGCUCCCACCCCCUCCCCGCUCCCCCUUAAAUUGCCCCUCCUCCUUGUCCUCCCCUUCCUCAACUGCCAUCAAUGGACUUCCAUCCCCCAAAUUCACCUGUGACCCCCUCUCUUACUGUUUGAACGAGAUCAAUAAGACAGUCAAACCCCGCAUCACAUCCUUCCGCAGCCUCAAAUGGGGGACAGUGAUCACAGAAGAUUUUAGCCAUUUGCCUCCAGAGCAGAGGAGAAAAAAGCUACAGCAGAAGAUUGACGAAAGAAACCGGGAGUUGCAGAAAGAGCUGGACCAGAGGGAUGCCUUAAAUAAGAUGAAGGAUGUUUACCAGAAGACACCACAAAUGGGAGAUCCCAAUAGUCUUGAGCCGAAGAUCUCCGAAACACUGGGCAACAUUGAGAGAUUGCGCCUAGAAAUUCAGAAAUGUGAAGCUUGGUUGGCGGAUGCAGAGAACAGAAUGCUAAGUAACCGUCCCGAGUCAGUUGCACGCUACAGCCGCCACGUGGAUCACGCCAGUGCCCUGAACAACAACAACUGCUCCCAUGAGAAAGACAGCCCUGACACCACCCACUCUGAUGGGAGCCAGGACACACUAAACCAGCCCAUCUACACAGAGUUUGACGAGGACUUUGAGGAGGAGUUGUCAUCACCCAUCAGUACCUGUGUGGCCCUUUACCAGUUUGAAGGUUCCAGUGAAGGUACAAUCUCCAUGCUGGAGGGUGAGGAGCUCAGCUUGAUGGAGGAAGAUAAAGGGGAUGGGUGGACACGUGUACGGCGAAGCAAAGGGGGUGAGGGCUAUGUCCCUACCUCCUACUUGAGGGUUAAUGUAAACUGAGUGGGACAUUGAUGAUGACAUCCCAGGAGCUGCACCUUGGAGACCACAGUUUGACAACGGAACCUGUGCAAAGAACGUGUGGCAAUUCAGUUGACUGGCAAGAACGGCAUGAUGCCCGCUGUGCACAGGGCCCGUAAAAGAAGGAACCUUGCUCCAAAUUGCUACUGCAGUCAUGGGAGAUGAGAAUCAGCUUCUUGUUGGAUGUUGAAUGUUGAUAGCCUAUUCAGAACAAGGUCAUGGAUAAGAGCCCAAGGAGGAGACUGGCCUCGUCCACCCAGUACUUGUUCCCCCACAACCCACCACCUUCAGGGCAAACAUUGCUACACUAUAUUCCUUGUAAGAUGUUCUCUAGCAAGAGCGCCACCCCCAUCUCCUUCAGCAAUAGUUACAGCUUUACAUAGAGGAGAGACAUCUUAUUUCCUGGCUCUGAAGUGGGUGGAUCAUUGAAGACAUAGGAGAUUUGUGUGGUGCACGUGCAUGGCUUCCCCUCCCCCAGCUGCACCAGCAGCAGGCCCUGGCUCCACUUUGUGGUGUGCUGGUAGUCCGCCUUCCACCCCCCUGGGCAAGCUGGCCGGAGCAAAGCUGUCUCCUCUAGAAACAGGUAACUGCUUUUCCCCGCACCCUGAAUUAGAUGCCUGGGGGGGGGGGUGCUUUUGAGACUCUGAGGUGCUCAGUAAACUGCAAAGUGCCGGGUCGGAAGCCUACAAUUUGCACCCUCAUGACU